CUUUGUUUUCUACAUUGGUUGUGUUCUUGUUUCGAAACAAAGUGUCUUAAUGGUCAUAGUAAUUUGAAUCACUUUUGGUUCCUGGUUUACUGUAUUUAUACAUUACCAUGGCCGAGAAGCAGAGCUCUUCCAUGGCAAGAAAAUCUUUCUUCGGCUUGUUUUUGGUGAUCAUAAUGUUGUUUGUAUUGUCCUGGUUGUUUCUGUUGCGUUCCACAGGCCUUCCUCCUCGAUCAUUCGAUCCUAAAUCGUUGCCGAUUCCUAAGCUUCCUACCGUCUUUCGAUCUUCGAACGGAUUAAGUCGAACGAUUCUUGUGAACAACGAGAAACAACGCGAUGGAGGAGGAAGAGAAGGACUUCCAAAGACAGAACAAGGGUUCCAAGAUAAAGAUGGGGCAGUGACUUGCAUUGGCAUUGUUAAAGAACCGCUCAAGAUUUUCAUGUAUGAUUUAGACCCCGAGUUUCAUUUCGGACUCUUGAAUUGGAAGCCCCAAGGUGGUCGUGUUUGGCCCGAUAUUCUAACCGAAAUCCCGCCUUAUCCCGGCGGAUUGAACUUGCAACAUAGUAUAGAAUAUUGGCUCACAUUGGACCUCUUAGCAUCAGAAAUUUCUGACAAUCCAAACAACAGAGUUGUAAUCAGAGUGCAGAAUUCCAGUGAAGCUGAUCUUAUAUUUGUACCCUUCUUUUCGUCCUUGAGUUACAAUCGGUUUUCGAAGGUGAAUCCGCACCAGACAAAGAGUUGGAACAAGGUAUUGCAGGCCAAGUUGGUGAAGUGGCUGACCGCACAAAAGGAAUGGAAGAUGUCAGGUGGAAGAGACCAUGUUAUUUUGUCUCACCAUCCCAAUAGUAUGAUAGAUGCUAGGAUGCAACUUUGGCCUGCAAUUUUCGUACUCGCAGAUUUCGGUAGGUAUCCGUUGAACAUUGCGAAUGUCGAUAAAGACGUGAUCGCACCAUACCGACAUAUGGUCAAAAGCUAUGCCAAUGAUACUUCCGAUUUCGAUAGCCGUAAAACUUUGCUGUUCUUCCAAGGAUCCAUUUACAGGAAAGAUGGUGGAUUUGCUCGACAAGAAUUAUUUUAUCUUCUAAAAGAUGAAGAAGAUGUACAUUUCUCAUUCGGAAGUCUAAAAAACGAUGGAGUCAACAAAGCCAGCCAAGGAAUGCACUCAUCCAAGUUUUGCCUAAACAUAGCAGGGGACACUCCAUCGUCGAGCCGCCUUUUCGACGCCAUUGCCAGCCAUUGUGUUCCCGUUAUUAUCAGCGACGACAUCGAGCUCCCCUACGAAGACGUUCUCGACUACUCGGAAUUCUGCGUUUUUGUUCGUACUUCGGAUGCUGUCAAAGAAAAAUACCUUAUAGAACUCAUUAGGAGCAUAAGCAAGGAAGAAUGGACUCAAAUGUGGGAGAAGCUGAAAGAGGUUGAGCCAUUGUUCGAAUACCAUUAUCCGGCGAGAAACGGGGACGCGGUGCAGAUGAUAUGGCAGUCAUUGGCACGCAAGGUUCCCAGUGUUAAGAUGAAGAUCAACAAGUCUAGGAGAUUCUCUAAUACAGUUGUCCCUCAUCAGAAAGAUGGAGGGUUAAGAAGUAUACCAGCACCAAAGAACUUCUGGUGAAAAAACAAAUGAUUCUGAAUUAGUUAUGGAUAUGAAGCAUUUUAGUGUGUAUAACGCAGGUAUCUUCAACUUUUUAUAUUAUAUUUAUAGGAAAAGACACUUGUUUCUUUCAAUCACAUUUCA